AUGAGCAUCAGCAGCAGCAUGACCAACAGCAUCAACAGCAGCAUCAGCACCAACAUGAACAUCAGCUCACUGCUGCUGCAUCACCAGCAGCAGCAGCAUCACCAACAGCAGCAUGACCAGCAGCAGCAGCAUGACCAGCAGCAGCAGCAUGACCAGCAGCAGCAGCAUGACCAGCAGCAGCAGCAACAUGACCAGCAGCAGCAGCAUGACCAGCGGCAGCAGCAUGACCAGCAGCAGCAGCAACAGCAACAGCAAGAGGAGGAGGAGGAGAAGAGCUUACAGGUUCAAGAGCAAAUAGGAAGAGUGAGUAUUUACCGAUUAGCGGAAAUACACCUGAAGAGGCCAACUUAA